GUGUAAAGGUUGAUGGCAAGCAAUCUUUAUAGUAUCGUUUUGUAAUGUUUGGAGAAAGUGACAGUCUUAGGCUCGCUGGUGGCUUCUUCUCUAAUAUGGGCAAAAGAAAACUUUUUGAAAGCAGUUGAGCUACAAACAAUGGCGUCUCUAGCUUCUUCACAUAUUUACGUUCACAUUCCCAACUAACUGUAACCUAACUCUUCGAUCAAUUUUCUCUCUCUCACGCUCAUAUAUUCAUAAUCCGCCGUCUUCUUCAACCAACCCUUUUCGUCAUUCUCGAAGUUUUUUCUUCAUCGCUUUUAUCGACAAUCUUUCACCCAUUUGCUUCCCUUCAUCACUCUUCAAAACCCCAAUCUGUCUCUUCGCGUUUCGUAAAAAGGGCAAUUGAUCUUGCUGCAAUCUCCAUUCCCACUCUCGUGAUCGCGAAGAAAUAGACAAUUGCUUUUCAAAGAUGUCGACAACAACAGCCCCUAAUCUUCAGAUGGCCACACUGAGAAACUACAAAUUAUCUUCUCCAAGAGGUUUCAAGGGCAUUGUUACACCAUCUCUUGGUGGACAUUUGAAGGCAAUACCAUGGGCUAAACUUUGGAGUGUCUACAAUGUAUCCUCUCUGAAAUACUUUCACCUGAAUUCCAACACUUCAUCUUCUACAAAAUUUGGGAAGCUCGCAACUAAAGCGAGGUCUGGAUCUAGUGAAAACGGGCCAAUCUCUGGGUUGCCAGUUGAUUUAAAAGGUAAGCGGGCAUUUAUUGCUGGUGUAGCUGAUGAUAAUGGUUAUGGUUGGGCAAUAGCAAAAUCUCUUGCUGCUGCUGGGGCUGAAAUUAUUGUUGGUACAUGGGUGCCCGCUUUGAACAUCUUUGAAUCCAGCUUGCGGCGUGGAAAGUUUGACGAAUCUCGAGUGUUGCCAGAUGGAUCUUUAAUGGAGAUCAUCAAAAUAUAUCCCUUGGAUGCAGUUUUUGACAAUCCUGAGGAUGUUCCUGAAGAUAUAAAAACAAAUAAGCGGUAUGCGGGUUCAUCUAAUUGGACAGUUCAGGAAGUUGCAGAAUCAGUAAAGAAGGAUUUUGGAACCAUCGACAUCCUUGUGCAUUCACUUGCAAAUGGCCCAGAGGUAAGUAAACCUCUCUUAGAGACAUCAAGGAAAGGCUAUCUAGCAGCUUUAUCUGCAUCAAGUUACUCCUACAUUUCACUUCUUAAGCAUUUUGUUCCAAUAAUGAAUCCAGGUGGUUCGUCAAUCUCUCUUACAUACAUUGCUUCUGAAAGGAUCAUUCCUGGAUAUGGAGGAGGUAUGAGUUCAGCAAAAGCUGCACUGGAGAGUGACACACGAGUGCUUGCGUUUGAGGCGGGUAGGAAAAAUAAGAUCCGAGUGAACACCAUAUCUGCUGGUCCACUUGGAAGUCGUGCAGCAAAAGCAAUCGGAUUCAUUGAUAAGAUGAUAAACUACUCACUAGCAAAUGCACCUCUACAAAAAGAAUUAUCUGCAGAGGAGGUGGGGAAUGCAGCUGCCUUCUUGGUAUCUCCUUUAGCUUCUGCCGUAACUGGUUCUGUUAUCUAUGUUGACAAUGGUUUGAACGCCAUGGGAGUGGGACUCGACAGCCCAAUACUUGAAGGACUUUGAUCUUCCGACUGACACAAUGACCCCCAGAAACCAUUGCUGACUGUUGAAAUGAAAAUGCUGAUGAGCCUUCAAUGCUUGGAGCCAAGUCUUAGUUUAUCUCAUCAACGUUCUUGCUUCCAUAAAAUUUCCAUCAACUUCAUUUCACUUAGCCCUGAUUCUAAUAAUAGCAAGAGAUUUUCUUUUUUCCAUUA